AUGUUGAUCGAUUCUAGAUCAACUAAGUCAUUUAUUGAUCCCAGUAUUGCUCAAUGCGCGGGUACUCAACACCAAAACGUUAAGUUUGACCGUCCAGUUCAGAAAGGCUCAUCUGAAUUAAGUACACCUACAUUUAACUUUUCUACCCCAAAACAACCUGAUACCGAAUCUAUGUUCGUAAACGACGAUAAUGACGAAGACAGUCUUUUUAUUCAACCCCCGGACGAAAUUGUAGAUAUCAUUGAACAUGAACAAGUCAAUCUAGAAUAUCAAAAUAAUCGUCCUGAAAAUCCAGACGAAACUGUACAUUCAAAUGCGGACCAACACCCCAUUCAGACAAUUCCUAUAGUUGAUUACGCAGUUAAUCAGGGAAAUAAUCAGAUUAUCAUAAGUACAGUUCCCAGGAAUCAUAGGAAUCCAUGGUACGAUAACGUUGAAGAAUUUAGAAAAUAACCUAG